CUGUGCCUGUUUGGAAUCGUGGGCAACACCAUCAACAUCUUGGUGUUUGUAAAGCAAGGUCUCCGCCAGUCGGUCAACUCCAGCUUCUUCGCCAUGUCCAUCUCCGAUCUGCUGGGCCUCGUGUUCCAGGUCUGGCACAACUUUUGUUUGAACCCGUACGUUGAUCAGCUGGACGCUCCCAUUGACUUCCUCGAUGUCCAGUACCUCACCGCCGGCUGGCCCAACUCCGUCCUUGUGAGGAUCACUGGUUGGAUCACCGUGUACGUCACAGCCGAGCGAUGUCUUUCGAUCGCCGUGCCGCUGAAAAUAAAACAAAUCGUGACUCCGAGGCGCACGGCCGCCAUUUUGGUUUUCAUCUACGUCAUCAACAUUGCCUCACUACUCCCCCUUUAUUUCUCGGCUUAUUUCAGUUGGAAUUUUUACCCGGCCCAGAACAGAACAAAGUUCGGAAUAUCCUUCAGAAGUAACAAACUGGAAAUCGAAUACUUGAUCUUCACGUUCCAGGCAUCGCUCGCGAUAAUCGCCUUCGCCUGCGUCAUCAUCUUCACGACCGUUCUGGUGGUCAAGCUGAAAAAGAAAUCAAAAUGGCGUCGAUCGACGACGUUCGACAGAGAGCAGUCCGACACGAUGUCUUCGCGGGAACGCAAGACGAUCAACAUGGUGGUCGUGGUGGCCACCGUCCUGAUCGUCUGCUACACGCCCGCGGUCACGUGCUCCAUCACGACGUCUCUCACGUCCGACUUCGGCAUCACGGGCAAGCAGUCCAACCUGUUCCACAUGGCCUGGUCCUUCGGGUUCCUGUUCCACUCCAUCAACUCCAGCAUCUCCAUCCUGCUGUACUACAGGAUGAGCUCCAAGUAC